CCCGUACCGACCCCCCGCACCUCCCUUCUGCCAGCACCUCCUGCCAGCCCCACCGCCACGGCCGGGAGCCAGCAGGCCGUCCACCCAUCGGGACCUGUAGGGUUGUGACCUAAAGCCAAACUCCACCAUGUUCGCCGCCGCCGCCGCCGCCGCCGGGCAGGGGCAGCGCCCCCGGGAUGGGGGUCCCGACGGGCCCAAGAAGGACAGGGCCCUGGGCGAGGACCGCCACGACAGCGGCCUGGACUCCAUGAAGGACGAGGACUACGAGCUGAUGGUGCAGGAGCUGAGCGCCAUCCGCCUCCAGCCCCAGGCCCAGGCCCGGUCUAGGCCGCAGGAAGCCAUGGCGCCGCCCCCGCCCGCCGAGCCCUGGAGGCACCAAGUCACCGAGGACGGAGACUCGUUCCUGCACUUGGCCGUCAUCCACGAGGAGAAGGCCCUGGCCCUGGAGGUCAUCCGCCGGGUCAAGGGCGACCUCGCCUUCCUGGACCUCCAGAACAGCCUGCAGCAGACUCCGCUUCACUUGGCCGUGAUCACCAGCCAGCCCGAGAUCGCAGAGACCCUCCUGAAAGCCGGCUGCGACCCCGAGCUGCGGGACUUCCGGGGGAACACGGCCCUGCACCUGGCCUGUGAGCAGGGCUGCCUGGCUGCGGUGGGGGUCCUCACCCAGUACUGCCAGACGCAGCAUCUCCACGCCGUCCUGCAGGCCAGCAACUACAACGGUCACACGUGUCUCCACUUGGCCUCCAUUCACGGCUACCUGGCAAUCGUAGAGCGCUUGGUGUCCUUGGGAGCUGACGUCAAUGCCCAGGAGCCCUGUAACGGCCGGACGGCACUGCACCUCGCAGUCGACCUGCAGAAUCCCGACUUGGUGUCACUCCUGCUCAAGUGCGGGGCCGAUGUCAACCGAGUCACCUACCAGGGCUACUCGCCGUACCAGCUCACCUGGGGCAGAGAGAGCACCAGCAUCCAGCAGCAGCUGGGCCAGCUGACCAUGUCCAAUCUGCAGCUGCUGCCGGAGAGCGAGGAUGAGGAGAGCUGCGACACCGAGUCGGAAUUCACAGAGGACGAACUGCUCUAUGACGACUGUGUAAUUGGAGGCCAGCGCCUGGCGUUGUGAACUGAGCACGUUGGAGACAAUGUGGCCAUGUAUAUUUGUACAGAGACAUAUUUUAUUUUUCUUAUUAAAAAAAGAAAAGGAAAAAAAAGCUACACAGCCAGUCAGCCUCAGGCGCCGCAGGGCCUGGACCACGUCAUCGUUGCUUAGUUGGUGUCGGGAACCUGAGGAGCUUGGGAAAUCCAAGGAAAAUCUGUCUCGUGCCACGGAUUAGUGACUGGGCUCGGGGGGAGCCCUGUCCUCCCCACCCCCAUCCAAAGAGAUGUCUUCCUCGUGGAUUCCUCCUUCUCUGCUGGCUGUCCCCUGCCUGACCCCGUGGGAGCUGGGUGCUCACCCCAGUACUGUCUGUGCAGUGUAGCAGCCAGAUGGUCCUCCCUCCCCUGUAUAUGGUGUACAUGAUGUGUAUUUUGUUUGUAAUUAUUUUGGUACUGUGAGAUGUAUAUUUAUUAAACAGAUUUUUACAAAUGGAA